CAGAGUCCAUGCACCAAGGCAGAACAAGUUAAGACACACCAGGAUAGAAUGAAGGAAGGAGUAAAAAUAGAAGAGUUAGGGGUUCCCAUGUCAGCAGCAAGGGCUUGAGCUUGAGAAAAGGAGAAACGUUAAGUCAAACUUAACACAGGCCUUUAUAGAUAGCUGACGCACAACACUUGCAUCUUUAAAGCAAUCACUGACACAAUUCUGUGAGAAGUUGUGCGUGUGCUGUACGACUUCCCUCAAAGCCACUGCAACUGCGUGCUCAAAUUGUGGCUUCUACAGUGAAAGAAUGCUGGCACACCUGCUGUCGUUCAGCCGCUCUCUGGUGAGAAGGAAAAAUGUGGACUGUCUGGAGGAUUCCAAGCUGUGUCGCUGCCUCACCACAGCGGACCUCAUCGCUCUGGGUGUGGGCAGCACACUGGGUGCCGGAGUCUAUGUCCUUGCUGGAGAGGUCGCCAAAGGCAACUCUGGCCCUAGCAUUGUAGUGUCUUUCCUCAUAGCCGCUCUGGCCUCUGUCAUGGCAGGCUUGUGCUACGCUGAGUUUGGCGCUCGAGUGCCCAAGACAGGCUCUGCAUAUCUCUAUAGCUAUGUGACAGUAGGGGAACUCUUGGCCUUCAUCACGGGAUGGAACCUGAUUCUCUCAUAUGUGAUAGGGACCUCAAGUGUUGCCAGAGCUUGGAGUGGAACAUUUGAUGAACUAGUAGGGGGCCAUAUUGAACAGUUCUGCAAAUUACACUUCAGAAUGAGCAUGCCUGGCCUGGCAGAAUAUCCCGACUUCUUUGCAGCUUGCCUUAUAUUACUCCUAUCAGGUCUUCUUUCCUUUGGGGUUAAAGAGUCAGCAUGGGUCAACAAAAUCUUUACCGCCAUCAACGUGCUUGUGCUUUUGUUCGUCAUUAUCUCUGGCUUCGUCAAAGGAGAUUCUUUCAACUGGAAGAUAUCCGAAGAAUCCCUUAUAAAUGUGACUAUUGUGACUAGAAAUCUGUCCUACACUGGAAAUGUUACCAGUGAUUAUGGUGCUGGUGGGUUUUUGCCUUAUGGCUUUGGCGGAACCUUGGCUGGUGCAGCCACAUGCUUCUAUGCCUUUGUCGGAUUUGAUUGCAUUGCCACCACAGGUGAGGAGGUGAAGAAUCCUCAGAGGGCCAUUCCCAUUGGUAUAGUUGCUUCCCUGCUGAUUUGCUUCCUGGCUUAUUUUGGCGUGUCUGCUGCUCUUACCCUCAUGAUGCCGUACUAUCUUCUGGAUGAGAAGAGUCCUCUGCCUGUGGCCUUUGACUAUGUUGGCUGGGGUCCUGCUAAAUAUGUGGUGGCAGUGGGAUCCCUGUGUGCACUAUCAACCAGUCUGCUGGGCUCCAUAUUCCCAAUGCCACGUGUAAUCUAUGCUAUGGCAGAGGAUGGGGUGCUUUUCAAAGUGUUAGCCAGAAUCAAUCCUAAGACGAAGACCCCACUUAUUGCAACAAUGGCCUCCGGUGUAGUUGCAGCUAUCAUGGCUUGUCUUUUUGACUUAAAAGCCUUAGUGGACAUGAUGUCCAUUGGCACUCUGCUGGCAUACUCUUUGGUCGCUGCUUGUGUUCUUAUUCUCAGAUAUCGUCCUGACUCUGUGCUCGAGAGCUCUAAAACUAAUGAGGUUGGGGAGUCUGAGCUGACUGAGUCUGAGUCUCAUCUCAACAGGCUGAAAGAUGGAGAAAUGUCUCUGUACACUCUCCUCAGUCCUUCCCUGCAGCCCACAAAGAGCUCAUCCACUGCUGUUAACAUGGCUGUCGGGGUCAUAGCUAUCACAGUGUGUGUCAUGAGUGCACUUACUACACAUUAUGGACAAGCCAUUCUUGCUAUGGAGCCCUGGAUCCUGGGAGUGCUGGCAGCAUCCUUUCUUAUCUUUUUCAUGUGUAUCGUCUUGGUCUGUAGACAACCGCAGACAAGCAAAAAGGUGUCUUUCAUGGUUCCCUUGCUACCCUUUCUGCCCAUUCUGAGUAUAUUUGUCAAUGUUUACCUCAUGGUGCAGCUGAGUGGAGACACGUGGAUCCGUUUUUCUGUUUGGAUGACUGUGGGUUUCCUUAUUUAUUUCGGUUAUGGGAUGUGGCACAGCAGUGAGCACCAGAGGCAGAGGCAGAGCACUGAAAAUGCACCAGAGAAACAGAGGAUGUUUGCAAAGGAUGGUGCUGAAGACAAAUAUAUCCAAUCAGAGAAGACAAGUCAGCUUUAAAGAAUGUAUUGCUGUUUAUAGCUGUUUUUGCCUUAAAGCUCUGUGUGCAACAAGCCAUUCUGCUUUACCUACUGAGAGACCAGCUCAGCUCUGAGCCCAGUGUCAGGCAUGGGUUGACAUUGCAUUCUCUCUUAAGAUCUUAAGAUUAAUACUGACAUGAAUGCUGUGAUUUAAAAAAAAAAAAAAAUGUAUGAAAUAUGAUCAUACAAGUAUGAUAGUAAAAUGUGUCUUAACUCUAAAUGAGGAAUGAAUGUCACACAUUAACCGACUAACUGUUAACACUACAUCUUCAAUAGCAUCAGGUAUUUCAUACACCUAGAGAAUAGUUGGGUCAAAGAACAUUAGCCACAAGAGUGUUCAGGUAGUUUCAGCUUUUAUUGCGUUUUUCAUUAUAAUUUCCCAUAAGCUGUAUACAAAUAUAGAGUAGUUACUCUGUUUUUUCACUUUUUUUUUUUUUUUUUUACCAUGAUCAGUAUUCUCAAUAUUUUGACUGCAUGUUCUUUGCUUGCAAUUCAUUUUCAUUGCUUUGUUUAGACCUUUGUAUAAUAUUAAAAAGAAGAAAGUUCUGCUUUUACUUCAAAGGACCUAUAAUAGAUCUAUUGCUUUUCUUUUAUUUUAAGAUAACACAGUGAGUUCUAUAUUACAAUACAGAGCAGACAUUUAUUGCAAAUGGAGCUAUAAUAAUAUUCAGAGACAGCUGGUGUAUCUGGGCUAGCACGGUUAAGCCAUCCUGAUUUUCAAGGAUAAAAAGACAGAAGAUAUAACCUUUCAUUAUUUGCUGUUAGCGAACAUCUGAAGGCGGAUUAAUUUGGAUUUUUGUGGAACAAGGCACAAGAGCACCAUUAAUGGUCCUAAGAAAAAUACACAGAAAGGUGUAAAGAAGCAACACAGGAGCUGAUUCUUCCUAGCUCAGAGAGCAGAUUCAUACAGUUUGUCAGUGCCAGGUGAUUGCACAGAGUUAAACCCUCCUUAGAUUUGAUCCCUAUGGGCCUAUAUUUUUCAGCCUGCUUCACUGACACACACAUUAUUAGUUGUGACUGAGAUGUAAAGCACAGUCACAAGUGUAAUGAAUGGGAACAAGGUGGAUUAUUUACAACUUUUCCCCCUAAAUUCCUAUGGAAGAGCAACUAAAAGUAGAUAGACUAGAGCACACAUUGUCUAAUCAAAGUACGAAUUACACAAAAGGACAGAUGACAGAAGUGUACGUUUUAUGUUUUUUGGUCUGGAAGGGUUAUGUAGGUUAAAUAUUUGGAGGAAACACAGCAUGACCCCUGUAGGGCAUUACAUACUUGAAACACUGACUUUAAAUGUGCGCGCGUGUGUGUGUGUGUGUGUGUGUAAUAGUUUGCCCCAUUUCAUUCUUAUCCCAUUAAUGAUACCUUGUGAUAUAAGGCAUUGCUUGACUCUAAAAGUUUAAUUGUCAAGAUAGUAGAUUUUGGCCGUCUCAUCUAAUAUCACCAGCUGUCACAGAUAAUAUUAAUGCUUUAAUAUAUUUUGAUAGUCUAAGGUUACAUUCCUUGCUGUAAUUGUGUUACAUACUGGAUUAUUUGGCUGUUUUUUUCUUGCUAUGUUUACUGUAUACACACUUAAGUGUAAUUGCAUACUAAGCAAAUGUUUGCAAAAAAAAAAAAAAAAGAGUCAAACAAAUUAAAGCAGAGGCUUAUUUCUAUUAAAAGCAAACAGUUAUGUGCAUUCUGUAAUCAGAUGUGCUAUCACUAGCCUUUUCCCCCCCUUCUUUGUAUAGAUUUAUUUAGACACAUCCUUUUGUAAAUAAAUGAGAAAACAAAUGAGAUUUAGGAUUAAAGCAACAGCUGGCUAUGGUUUGGAUAUUUACAGUAUAAUAUAGUUUCUUAAAGACGUUUUGAUGACAUUUAUUUCUAAAUAGCAAAGUUGAUGCAUGUAAAUGAAUCUAUUUACAAAAUAAAAAUGUUCGGUUUAAAGAAAUAUUUUUUAAAAGUUUUUCUAACCUAUAAUUUCUUUCAAGACUUAGGAAAAGCAACUAAGCAGUGCUCAGUAUAUGUGGGAUCUUCCCCAAAACUGCUGGAAAGGCAUCUCCAAUUGCUACCUCAUGAAGCCCAUUGAGAGAAUACCAAGAGUGUACAAAGCUGUCAUGAAGGCUAUUUCAAAAAUAUAAAAUCUAAGAUUGUUUUGAUGUGUUUAAUUCUUAUUGGCAAUUGUAUUAUUAGAUUUGUACCAUUUUAUAGUUUAGAUCGUUAGCAUGUAUCACCGAUACUGAUUAAUUGAUGAUGUAGUUCACAGAGCACUUGACCAAGCUUUUUUUUUUUUUUUUUUGAGAGUCUAGAGAAAUAACAUUAUCCAAAUAUUUAAUUUGUAGAAUAACUCUUAUGAAUGUUUUCUGUAAGACCUUAUCAAUUAAUUAAUGGCCUUAAUAAUAAAACUGUAUUACAGACUGAUUCUGGUAAAUUCUACUUAU